AUGUCCAGCCAAAAGUUAAAUAUAUAUCGCGAACCAAUCGUAGAUAAUUCCAUCGCUAGAGAGGAAGUUCACAGCUACAAUCCAUCAACAAAUUCCUUUGAAAACAAUGAUACAUUCACGAUAGACUUAAAUCAAGAGGAUGUGUUAUUCUCAUUUUUUGAAAGCUAUAUUAGGAUUGAGGGGAAAUUUGAUGAAAGGCUAGCCGUCCAAGCAGAUGAAAUUCAUUUAACGCACAACUUACCUGCAUUUCUAUUCGAGUAUAUCGCAUUCGAACAUAAUGGUACUGAAAUCGAACGAGUUCGUGAACCCGGUUUAACAUCACUCAUUAGAACCCUAUUACGACAGAAUGAUGUAGAGUGUAAAGCAUUAGAAAUAGCUGGGUUAAAGUGGCCUCUCGAAGGAGGUUUACCUACGGUCGGUGCAAACAAGAGUUUUGUAUUUCAAAUACCAUUGAGCCAUAUAUUUGGAGUAUUUAGAGAUUACAAUCAUGUGAUGAGAGGACGCUUUAAAUUCAGAUUUGUUAGAAGUCGCACUGAUUCAAAUUGUUACACAUCCAUAUCCACAACUGCAACAUUGAGUACGGCAGUAUUUACUCUAAAAUCGGUAACACUGUUAGCUAAGCAUAUCUAUCCAAGUCCAUCCAUUAAGUUUAAGUUGUUAGACGGUUUAAAUAAAAAUUCAAAUAUACCAAUACCAUNGUUCGCAAAACAACGCAUUAAUAUUAAAAAAUUAUGUGAACCAAUCGAAAUUUAUGCUGUAAACCAAUCAAAAUGUAUUGUACUGUAA